AUGGCUCCUGCCGCUGCCCAUGCCGCGGAGGCCAUCGUAUCAUCCAUUGACGUGGACUCGAUGCCACCAUUCUGGCGUCGAAAGAAUGGUAUCCUACUCUACUUCCUUCUCACUUCGUCUUUGCUGGCGAGUGCGGCACUUGGAAUCGAUGGUUCUAUGACGAACGGAAUGCAAGUUCUGACAUCCUGGCAAGACCGUUUUGGUAAUCCUACAGGUGCAAAGCUUGGAUUCUUUGGUGCUGCCAAUUCGAUCGGUGGUGUCAUCCCAUUCAUAUUUCUGAGUUGGAUCAGCGAUAAAUCCAGUCGCCGUUUACCCACUGCCCUUGGAUCUGUCGUUGUGAUCACUGGAGUCAUCAUUGAGUUCUUUGCAACCUCCCUGAAUAUGUAUGUUGGUGGGAAAAUCGUCCUUGGCGUGGGUUCUUCACUUAUUCAGAUGGGAGCCCCAGUCUUGGUGACGGAGCUGUCACACCCCAAAGAACGUGUCCAGGUCACCACAUUCUACAACACCUCCAUCGUUCUGGGGUACGUUAUCGGUGCUUGGGCAACCUUCGGGUGCUAUAGAAUCGAUAGUCAGUGGUCUUGGAGACUUCCGACUCUGAUUCAGAUCAUCCCUUCGGCAUACCAAUUCUGUUUGAUUUGGUUCUGCCCCGAAUCACCCCGUUGGUUGAUAUCGAAUGGACACCUUCAAGAAGCCCGUGAUAUUCUCGUGAAGUAUCAUGGAGAAUGCGACACCAACUCUGCACUAGUCAAUCUUGAGAUUGUCGAGAUCCAAACAGCCAUCUCAAAGGAGGCUGAGGAAAACAUGUCUUGGAAGGACUUCUUUUCCUCUCGGGCGAACCUCAAGCGUCUCUUCCUGUGCUUCUGUACAGCCCUCUUCAGUCAAAGCUCUGGCAAUCUACUUGUAUCGAACUACCUGACGCAGAUCUUGAAGAGCACAAGCUUGAAAACAGAGUAUGAGAUCACCCUGGUGAACGGCAUGGUCACAUUAUGGCAAUAUAUUGUUGCCAUUUUUGUUGCACUGAUUAUUGAUCGAUUCCGGCGCCGUGUCUUCUUCCUCACUGGAUCUGGCGGUGUCUUGGUUACUUUUAUUGUGUGGACAAUCGCCGCCCAACGGUAUCUCGAGCACGACUCUAUUAUUGCAGGUCGUGUCGUGAUUGCAUGCAUCUUUUUCUUCACGACAUUCUACACAUUUGCCUGGACCAACCUCAUUGUGACUUACCCGCUUGAGAUUGUCACUCUGCGGAUGCGCGCUAAGACCUGGGCCUUUGUUCUGCUGACAAUCCAAGUAGCAUCUAUCUUUGGUGGUUACGUCAACCCUAUUGGAUUGGACAGCAUUGGGUGGAAGUUCUACAUUUACUACUGCAUCUGGGUUCUUAUUGUCUUCCUCACGGUCUACUCCUUCUUUGUUGAGACAGCCGGUCCUUCACUUGAAGAACUUGCAUACUUGUUUGAUGGCGAUGAUAUGAAACAAAAGUUGGCUGAGACUAUUGAAGAAAAGAAGGAGCAAGUCCAACUUGCUGAGUAUGUCGAAGUCGAAGGUAAAUCUGCAUGA